AUGGAAGCCCUUGAAAAACGUAAUGCUGCUCCCAUUACCACAAGACCCCAAACCAAUACCCGGCCCACGCAAGUUGACAGCCUUGCAGCGCGUGCUGACGCUCUUCUUGAUGCCGGUAAAUUUAUAGAUGAAGCUAGAAUAGCGAAGACCUACAACUCCCAGGUUGGUUCAGAAAAACCCGAAGCGGACGUAGUCUUUUGUUGCCUCUGUGAAGAAGAUGCCUCAGUGAUCUGUCACGAUUGCGAUGACGAUGAGUUUUGCAAACAAUGUUUCAAGUAA